AUGUGACAUUCUUGUUUAUAGGCGGAAAGAUAUCGACAUCUGAACAGAUUGGAAUUUUAGUGUAACUAAUAUUCAAAAAAACGUGAAUAAUGAGACUGCUUUUUAGCAUAGUUUUAUUAAAACUUCUAUACAUUUCUAUAACCUAUUGCUCAAGACCAAAUAUUGUUCUUAUAUUAGCUGAUGACUUGGGUUGGAAUGAUGUAGGAUUUCAUGGGUCUCAUGAUAUUCCAACUCCGAACUUAGAUGCAUUAGCCUACGAUGGAAUAAUUUUAAAUAAUUAUUACGUUCAACCAAUUUGCACACCUACCAGAUCAUGUUUGAUGAGUGGAAGAUAUCCAAUUCACACUGGUAUGCAGCAUAGCGUUAUAUAUAGUGCACAACCUUACGGUUUACCACUUAACAAUACUAUCUUGCCAGAAUAUUUAAAUACUAUUGGAUAUGAAUCGCAUAUUGUUGGAAAGUGGCAUCUUGGGCACUAUGCCAAAGAUUAUACACCUCUAAAACGUGGCUUUAAGUCUCAUUAUGGUUACUACAUGGGUAUGGAGGACUACUAUGAACACACACAUACUGCGGGAGGUCCUACUAGCAAUGGUGACUGGGGUUUUGAUUUUAGAGAUAACGAAAGAGUAGCAAAGGAAUUGUGGGGAAACUAUUCGACAGACAUCUUUACUAAUAGAGCAAUAGAUAUUAUAGAAAAGCAUGAUAAAGAAAGACCUCUAUUCCUAUAUUUCGCUCAUCAAGCUGUUCAUAGCGCCAAUAAUCUAAAUACAAUUCAACCUCCUCCAAGGUUUUUGGAUAAAUUUGAGCAUAUUACUAAUCCUCAGAGGAGAAAAUUUGCUGGAGCGGCUGCAGCUUUAGAUGAAUCGGUUGGUAGAUUAAUUGAAUCGUUAAAGAAGCAAAAUAUGCUUGAAAAUACUUUUAUUGUAUUUUCAACGGAUAAUGGUGGACCAGCAAAUGGUUUUGAUAUGAACAUGGCCUCAAAUGAGCCUCUUCGAGGGGUUAAGGCAACUUUAUGGGAAGGAGGAGUUAGAGGAACAGGAUUUGUUUGGUCAAAACUACUUAAGAAAUCUGGCUAUGUAAAUAAUGAUUUAAUGCACGUAUCUGAUAUUUUACCAACUGUUCUAAGAGUUGCUGGUUACGAUAUGUUUAAAUUACCAAAGGACUUGGACGGUUUUGACCAAUUGGAUGUUUUAAACGGCGUAGAUCAAGGAGGAAGAACGGAAGUGUUAUUAAAUAUUGAUCCAAUUCAAAAAACAUCUGCAUUUAGAAUGAGAGAUAUGAAAGUUAUAUCAGGCGAAUACGAUAGUGGUCAAUGGGAUGGCUGGUAUAAAACUCCAAAGUUUAAUAAAGAAGCAACAGUAAAAAGUUUACAAGAGGCUAAUCAAAUUGAUUAUACAACCGAAAUAUUGAAUAAUUUAGGGAAAAGCUUAAAAUAUAGGAAACCAGUAAAAAUAAAGUGCGGACCACCGCCGGAAAAGCGUAAUUGCUUUCCUGGAAAACAUCCGUGUCUUUUCAAUGUAACAGAAGAUCCUUGCGAAUAUAAAAAUAUUGCGUCAACUUAUCCAAAAAUUGUUGAGCAACUACAAAACAGAUUGAAUGAAUACAAAAGAAAAAUGAUUUGGCCACUAAAUACUCAAGUGGAUCCAAAAGGUUUGCCAAGUAAUAAUGGUGGAGUGUGGGGACCUUGGAUCAAUUUAACCAAGUCCAAUAUAUUAUAA